CGACGGCUGGCGUCGCGUCCCGGGCCCGGCGCAGGGCGGGUUUGUGUCUGGAGCCUGCUCCUCUGCCGGAGCGGAGAAGCUGUUUCUCUGACCCAAAGUCUCAUUGGGUGUCGCACUACGAGAAGGGGCGGCGCUGCCCUGGCAGACGGAGAAGGAAAUAAAAGUGAAAGCCUAGCGCUUACUCCGAACAAUUCACGGUGGGCCCAUCCCGCACGGAACGCUGAGCCGAGUGACGGCAGGCAGGCAGCCAGGAAGCUGGUGACCUAGGAUCCGGAGGAGUGGGAGGAACUGGCCGUGGCCAGCCUGGGCCCUUUCGGCUGUUUUCAGAAGGACGCUCAGAUUGCCUGGUGCUCUCUUCUCUGAUUGACUUAGCAAAUAGAAGACCACUCCGUCCGAGGUCACAGAGCCGACAAAUAAGUAAAAGCAGAGGGUGACGGAAGGAAUAGUCGACUUUUCAGAUCAACCCUAAGCCCAAGAUUGUGAUCACUACACCUACCACGGAAGCGAAAACCCUACUCUUUGUGCUCUUUAUUUUACUUAAUGGAGUUUCCAGGUCCAAGCAAAGAGAAUGGAAGUAAAAACAGUUUUUGUUUUUCUGAGUAGUUCAGGAGCCUAAUUCGGAGUAAGAUGUGCCCCAUCGAUCCUUGAAACCCUGUUAUGGGUUUCAGUGAUGGCAAGCAAUUUGGCCAAGUCACACCUGCCCUAGACUCCAAAUCUCUCCAACCUAACUACAACACCAUCAUUGUUGACAUUGUUUCAGUAGUUGUGCUCUACCUUCCCGAACUCUGAGGGCCAGGUUCUGCUGGCUGGGAAACCUGGAAGAGAGAGGCAAGGGCCAUCGAGCUCCUCCACCUAGAUGUAAAAAUGCAUUAAUCAGAACUGCCUGGCAUCUUCCUGAGCAAGACUUUCAGUAGUACCCAGUAUGCUUCAUUUCAUCCAGAAGUUUCCUCAAGCAUCUUCAAAGAUGCUGAAGUAUCCUUUCCCAGUCCGACUAGGAGUCAGCAGAAUUGAAACACUUUCUCUCAAGACAUGUCACCAGCAGAAAUUUUCCCCUUUGUUUCCAAGGCCUUGGUUUUUCUCAUCAUUUCCAGUGUAUAUGAGGAAGACACAGUACUAUCAUACUUCCCCAUGCAGCUUUAAGAAGAAGAAGCAAGAAGUAGUUCCAGCCAAGCCACCACUCACCAUCACUUACCUGCUUGACAGCCCAAAGCCAGCAUUAUACAUAACUCUGGCAGGACUAAUCCCCUUUGUUGUUCCACCAGUGGUCAUGGUGAUGACAAAGACCUAUAUCCCCUUAUUAGCUUUCACUCAGAUGGCUUAUGGAGCCAGUUUCCUAUCUUUCUUGGGAGGGAUCAGAUGGGGUUUUGCUCUGCCAGAAGGUAGUGCAGCCAAACCAGACUUUCUCAAUUUAGCUAAUAGUACAGCUCCUGUUGUGUUCUCAUGGUUUGCCUUCCUUAUUUCUGAAAGACUCAGUGAAGCUAUAGUCACAGUAAUAAUAGGUUUGGGGAUAGCAUUACACAUUGAACUUUUUCUCUUGCCACAUUAUCCCAAUUGGUUCAAGGCCCUUAAGAUAGUAGUCACUUUAGUGGCCUUGUUUUCAUUUAUAAUCACUUUACUAGUUAAAGAAAUUUAUCCAGAGAAAGGACCCAAGAGACCUGGUCAAAUAGAAUAAAUAAAAAACUACUCUGUAGAUGACGUUAGCAUGUUGGCUAUAAGCCUUGGAAUGUUUUGUUUUAGCAUCACCUUUUUCCUCCUCCUGUUUAGCUUUUUUUCUCCAUCAAUGGUUAUUUAUCCUUAACAGAUUAUUUUCAUUUCUAGAAAUCUUUAUUGUCAAAUAUUUACUUGAUUGAUAACAGCUUGAAAAUCCCUAACAAGUCAUUUUCACUUAACAGUUUUUGGUCUUUAUGAAUAUAUAUUUUAAUGUUUUACUUUUUUAAAAGAAUAUAAAAUAAUAAAAAUGAAAAUCCCUUUUGUUGA